UCCAAUUCCAGCCAGUACCCGUAUAACUGUACGCGCGUGCGUUCGAUUUAAAAAGUUAAUCUGUCAAACUUUUACUAUUAAAAACUAUAGUGGCGUGUUUUUUUAAAGAUGGCGAUCUCUUUAGUGAGAUUUGGACUAAGGUCCGCUGUUUUCAACUUGGAAAGGAGUGCCGCGAUUAUAUCAAGCCCCAGUGCCCAAAAUCAAUUGAAGCUAAUUCACACAAAAGCAAUAUGCAACGGCAGCGUCUGCUACCUGCAAGACAAGCCGCGGGAUGAGCUAGUGGUGGAGAGCGCCAUCAGGCGGUACAGCAAGCAGCACGGCAGGCCAGAGGAGAACAGGAGGAAACGGGACAGCGAUAGCGACAGCGCCAGUGAUUCUGAUACUGAAUGCAAGGGACAUGAUCGGUCAGAAUUCUGGCGACGCAAGAUGCGCACAGUGCACAACAUCCUGGACGUAGACAAGGACGGGCUGAUCUCGUUCAACGACUUCACACUGCUGGCGAACCGCUUCCAAAGCCUCGGUCAUCUUGAUGAGCAGCAGGCCAAGGAGUUCUCCGAGAUUAUCAAGCACACAUGGGAAGAGCAGUGGGGCGCCAUCGACCCCUACAAUUACGUGACCGUGGAACAGUACUUAGAAGAUAUGAACCACGUGCUCAACGACAAGGCCCUCAAGAAGAAGGCACACCGCUGGCUGCCGUACCUCUUCAAGGCGGUAGACAAGGACAAGUCCGGGUUCAUAUCAGUGAAGGAGUUCAAGCUGUUCUUCCAGUGCUUGGGGUUAGACAACGAACAUGCAGCUGUUGCUUUUGCCGUUAUCGAUGUUAAUGGGGACGGCAAACUCUCCUUAAAAGAGUUCGUGAAGCUCGGCAAAGAGUUUUUUUUCACCGAAGACGAGAAGCGAGUUUCCAAGAUGUUCUGGGGCCCUCUAGUCCAAGUGUAAGGCGAAACCGACCUUAAUGUAGAACUCUACGAGUCAUUUUAGCUUGUAAACUAGGCGUCCAUCUGAACGUACCUACUGUUUGUAACUAGAACCAUGUCGUAUUGACAAUUAGUAAGAGAUUCCUUACAAUUUAAUUUGUAAAGUUACUUUUACAUAGUUCCAUUGCAGAGGGUUAAAUUGUUUGUGUAAAGUAAAAACUUUUAUACAAUAUGAUGUUUAGUGGAUUGGUUAUUAUGAAAUGUUUCCAAGGUUUACAAAAAUCUUGAAUUUUAAUAGAACUAAAAAUUAAUUCAUAAAUGAUAUUUAUAUAGAAAAUCUGAUGAGAUAUAGAUAGGAAUAUUUUACAUUAUUUGCUUAUAUUUUGUAUUGUAUCAUUCAAUACUUGAUUUCAAGCAUUGUAAGUUGUAAGAUGUCAAUAUUGAUUGAUUUUACCAUAUACAUAUGUAUAUGGCAAAAUCAAUCACAUUAUCACAUGAUGUAUGUUUGAAAAUUAACAUUCAAUUGAUUUUCUAUAUAGUAUAAGCCAAAAGCAUUUAAUUCAAUAGACUUAAUCAAUAUCUACAUUAAAAUGAAGGUCUGUAAUGACGCUAAAUUGAAUGCAGACCAAACACUAUCAAUAAUAUUGACAUUAAUAUUAUGACACUUUACUCUCGCAUUUUAAACACAUAUUUAAUUACACGUACGGGUCUACCGCGAUUUAAUUUCAUUGUUUUUACCUUUAAUUUCGACGUAAAUAAAGGAAAUAAAUUAAAGGUAAAGACAAUGAAAUUCGUGUAAUUAAAUAUGUAGACAAUAUUGGCGUGUACUCGUUAAAAAUAAACGAAAUCAUAAACCGAAGGAAUGUCAAUAUUUAUUGGUGUCAUUCUUACUGAUAGUUUUCUGGUCUGUUAUUUGCAACUAUUAUACUAAGUUUGUUUGUUGACAUUCCUAUUUAAGGCUUUUCUUAUGAAUCAUGUAAGUCUUAUGAUUGAAUCGC